CCAUCGCCUGAGCUCUUAUUUUGACACCACCACAACCGGAAGUGCAUGUUGGCUUUAAAUGAACUUAAUGACAGACUCACUGAUGUUGACACACACUGAAAGCUCAGCAAACAAUCCUCAGUGUCAGUCAGGCAGUCGGCUAGCGCUGCUCUUUAGUUAGAUAUUACAUCUUGAUUCCUUCAGGAACAUUCUAUACUUUAUUCAUUCCUCCAGGAAGGUUGUAGUUGCGGGAACAUUCCACUUAGCGCUCAACAUGUCAAAGUCCGACGACGACGGGACUUUUAUGUAUUUUGCUUUUGGCAGCAACUUGUUGAAGGAGAGACUGCAGGGGGCCAACCCUUCUGCUACUUUCUGCACCACCGCCAGGCUCAAGGACUACAAGCUGGAGUUCGGCGUGUGCGAGACCAUCGUGCGUAACAUCUGGCAUGGGGGCGUGGCCACCAUCCGCCACUGUCCCGGCUCGGAGGUGUGGGGCGUGGUCUGGAGCCUCAGCAACCGCAACAAGGACACGCUGGACGAGCAAGAAGGUGUGAGCAGAGGUGUGUACUCCCCCCUGGAGGUGUGGGUGGAGAGCGGCCAUGGUGACACACUGUGCAGGACCUACCAGCUCAACAACUUCCAGGCGUGUCCUCCGUCCCCGCCCUACAAACAAGUGGUGUGCUGGGGGGCCCGGCAGCAGGGUCUCCCAGUGGAGUACCGUGAGCGCCUGCAGGCCCUGGAGACCAACAACUACACGGGGCCCUCCUUCCUGGACAACAUCACCGCCCUGGAACUAGAACCCCCCUCCUCUGUGGGCUAAUGACUCCACUCCGCCUGCAGAGACGGCAGGUAAGGUCAGGGCUGGAAGUGAAAGUCUCCCACGGGGGUCUGCAAAGUGGACCCAGGCCCAUUCCCCAUAAGUCCUGAACCUUGCCAUGGAUGGACUGGUACUAGAGUCUUUACUCUUACCUCAUUCUCAUACCAUGAGUAUUAUUAUUAUUAUUAUUAUUAUUAUUAUUAUGAAACAAUCUGACUCCUACUCUCACCUCAUUCUAAUACCAUGAGUAUUAUUAUUAUUAUUAGUAUUAUUAUUAGUAUUAUUAUUAUGAAACACUCUGACUCCUACUCUCACCUCCUUCUAAUACCAUGAUGGAAAAAGUGUGAUUAUAAAAACUUAAGUGCUAUCAUAAAAGCAUGCAAAUAAACGCUGUUAAUCAUU